UUUUGGUUGGUAUAAAGUGGGUGAUUUGGCCAAACCAGUAUCAUCAGUUACAUCGUCAUGGAGUCCAGUAAGGUUGCUCGCGUCGUUUUUGGCUUCAUAUUGCUCUGCGGAAUAGGGGAGUCUUUUCUGGAUGAUAGUGUGGUGGUAGUAGACCUCAAUUACGACCCCCUGAUGCGGCAGCUGGGGGGCGGUCAACUUCCGGGCAGCCUCACCUUUCGUCUGGAGAGGCCGGGUCAGGAAAACGUACAUCUGAACCUCGUAGAAAAUAGGCGCCUCAACCAGGACGCGCCAAUGUUGGAGGUCAAACGUCAACAAGAUGGGACUGACAAAUUGGUCCAAAGGCAAUGCAGGAAAAUAGAAGAUGCGAAAUUCUAUCAGGAUAAAACAAACAAAGCCUCGUUGAUGGUAUCAUGCGUGGGGAGAGGAUACGGACCCUGCAAGAGACAACUGACAGGAAGUAUAGAACUGGAUGACGUUGCCUACGAAAUUAUGCCGGUCCCGGAAAUGGCGUCUCAUGAGCGGUCCUUCGCGGUCGCCAACAAAUCUCCUCAUAUCAUGAUGCGUGUCAAGGAUAUGGCAUCGGGAGGAAGUGGAGAACACAGCGAAGAGGAAACGACUGAUAACAAGGAGAAGAUUCCACCCAGACCACACCCAAAUGGUGGCCGGAGAGGGGCUCAGGGCUUCAGAGAAUCCUUUGACGAUGCAAAGGUACCACCGGAACUGGAGCGAAAAGAAAUUGAUGAACCAUUUGACGACGCCAAAAUACCGCCCGAAGAAGUUGGAAAGGGAAUCGACGGACACUCAGAUGUACGGAUGAAGCUCCUUACUGAGUUAAAGGAGGUGUUGAUGAGGAAAUACCCGCAACCACCAGGAAGGAGGCUGCACAGUAACCGGCAGAAGAGGCAGUCUCGUGUGUACGCUUUGGAGGUGUUGGUAGGCAUCGAUCCUUCAGUUUGGGCCUGGUACUAUGAGCAGACGAAUGCGGCUGAUGGAAUGACCAAAGAAGAAAUGACCGAGCACGAAAUCAGGAAGCAAUUUUCUCACAUUAUUAAUGGGAUCAGCCAGAGGUAUGAAAACAUAGAGGAUCCAGAAAUGAACAUCUACGUUACCGUUUCUGGAUUUCUUAUCUAUAAGACGCGGGAUUCGACCAAUCCUCUGCCCCUGUCAACGCCUAUUCAAACGGUUGAGGACUCUCAACUCGUGGACGGCGAAGUGUACCUUGACAGUCUGGCACCCUGGCUGGCAGGUCUAUCUGGGCUACCACAUAAUGACCAUGCUAUGGUCUUCACGAGAUAUGACCUGCAAGCUGAUGGUAGCACUGGUGUUGUUGGCAUUGCCUGGUUAAGUAAUGUCUGCAAGUUCUACCGCGUAUCUAUCAACGAGGAAAGCUCUUACUUCAUCACGACUAGCGUUGGUGCACAUGAGCUGGGUCACAACCUUGGUUCCGGGCAUGACGGCGGUGGCUCCAGUAGCGCUUGCAACCCCAACGACCAGUUCAUCAUGGCCCCGAGCGUGACUGUGUUCAGCCGGAAGGACGAGUACACUAUGAACCCUUGGAAGUUCUCCGACUGCUCCGUCAACGCCUUCAAGUCCUAUGUCAGCCUGCUGGAUACAGAGAACAACAAUUGUUUGCUUGACCACGGUGACUACUACAACGAAGACGAGUACAAAAGCCACGUGUCCCAGUUACCAGGGCAACUGUAUACAGUGGAGGAGCAGUGCAAGAGAACCAGGGGAGACAACUCAACACAAAGUUGUGGACAGACCUCCACAGACCCGGUGAUUUGCCGCGCGUUACUGUGUUCCGGUGGGGAUGAUUUUUGCUACUACCAGGCGGCCCUCCCCGGUACACCGUGUGAUGCUCCUGCAACAAACAAGUGGUGUAGAUAUGGCGAGUGUGUAGAGAAAACAACAGAAACAACAAAUACGACAAUGAGAGCCACCACGAACACCACAACCAGCACUACCCGAACAACAACAACAACAACAAGAUCACCUACCACUACAACAAGCACUACCCCAACAACAACAACAACAUCAACAACAAGAUCACCUACCACUACAACAAGCACUACCCAAACAACAACGAAAUCACCUACAACUACAACCAGCACUACCCAAACAGCAACAGCAAGAUCACCUACCACUACAUCCAGAACAACGACAGCUUCUACAGCAGAUUCGCCCUCGUUUAGCUGCGAGGCGUUGUCACAGCAUCUCUAUGACACGUACGGCGAUCUUCCGCAAAACUGGUGUAACCAGGAAUUCUGGGACGAGACUUGUGGCGCUUAUUGUGCAACGCACGGAGGGUGCACGACGGAUGUAGGAUGGCAAAACUGGUCAUGUAAGAGGCUUUCUCGCUACUUCCUCCGGAAAUACGACCUCACGGAUGCAGAUUGGUGCCAAGCUGAUUACUGGAGGGGACUUUGCUGUGUCACGUGUUCAAGUGUUCGCUAACCUAAUAUGCACGGGCUAAACUGGUUAAAACACGCGUCUGUGUAUUAAGUUAGUGAACAGUUGAACAAACAAAGAGAACACGAUUUUAAUAACAUGUGACUACACGAUCAUUCCUGGCUUUCUCGUCUUCAAAAUAACCCAUGUUUGAUGACAUUUACUGUCUUAAAUGGUUAUUACCGUGAUGUUCAAAUCAUUGUUUUUGUAACUGAGUUUUGUUUUAAUAACCGAUGCAUAGUGUGGAUGUUUACUAAAUAGCUUGUACAAACUUCCAUCAGUUUAUGUCAAGAUUGUACAAACUUCCAUCAGUUGAUGUCAAGAUUGUACAAACUUCCAUCAGUUUAUGUCAAGAUUGUACAAACUUCCAUCAGUUGAUGUCAAGAUUGUACAAACUUCCAUCAGUUUAUGUCAAGAUUGUACAAACUUCCAUCAGUUUAUGUCAAGAUUGUACAAACUUCCAUCAGUUUCUGUAAAGAUUGUACAAACUUCUAUGAGUUUAUGUAAAGAUUGUACAAACUUCCAUCAGUUUAUGUCAAGAUUGUACAAACUUCCAUCAGUUAAUGUCAAGAUUGUACAAACUUCCAUCAGUUUAUGUCAAGAUUGUACAAACUUCCAUCAGUUUAUGUCAAGAUUGUACAAACUUCCAUCAGUUUCUGUAAAGAUUGUACAAACUUCCAUCAGUUUAUGUCAAGAUUGUACAAACUUCCAUCAGUUUAUGUCAAGAUUGUACAAACUUCCAUCAGUUUCUGUAAAGAUUGUACAAACUUCCAUCAGUUUAUGUCAAGAUUGUACAAACUUCCAUCAGUUUAUGUCAAGAUUGUACAAACUUCAAUCAGUUGAUGUCAAGAUUGUACAAACUUCCAUCAGUUUAUGUCAAGAUUUGCAAAAAAACUAAACAUGUCUCUAAGACGGCACCAACUGAAUAUAGUUGAAUAUAGGAAAUAAGAAUUAUUAAUUUUGUUCUGCAGUCGUAUUGUAUAACAAACAUCAAGCGUUCCUCUUACAGUGUAUGCAAACGCAACGAAAGUAAUGCCACAAUCUGUAUUUUAACAUAUUUCGAGAAGGACUGUUUUAAUGCUAAAAUUAUUCUGUGACCAAACGUUAUUGUAUAUGUUUAUUUGACAUUUACCCUCUUUACCUUACACAUGUUAUAUUCAGAUAUA